AUGAGGAUUAUUGUCGGAGCGCUGGCAUUCGCCUCAUUCAUUCUUUGGUUUUCUGCUGAAGCAAGGCUUUUGAAGGUUUUUAAGAACCGAGACUCAGCUAACAAGACCAUUACUAUUGCCUUCCAUUUGGAUGGAUUCACAGAACUAGAUACAAGAUCGGACUCCCAAGUCGGAAAAUGGCUGACGAACGUCACAAAUCAGGCCGAAGCCAAGUUGAAGAAGAAUUUGGGCAUGAACAUAACACUUGAAAUUUCAGACGUCAAUAUCCCUCGUGAUGAAGUUCUGAGGCAAAUUAGGACGUGGACGACAAACGGAUAUAUGCACGCUGAUACGGUUGUAAAUUAUAUCCAAAGAUAUUUUACUCAGAGCUACAAUCCUGACAUUCGAUGUCUUCUUACAAGGGACACACUCUAUGGCGAUGACUUAAGCCUUGGACCAGGCUAUUCAAAACACAAGGAUCUGUGCAAGGAUCUCGUUCCCGCUAUUAUGCAAUACAAGUUAGUGGACACUAAGAAAAGCGGCAAUUUCUUAUUUAGGAUGAUUAAAAACAGCCUUCCUUCUAACUGGAAGAGCCUGAACAAGAAUCAACGAAAUCUGUUGUUGGAUACAUGUAACAUACAGUACAAAAAUUCGGAGGCUGAUUAUGACUACUACUACGUCCUUCCCAUUUACAAGGAUUAUGUUUACGAAUAAACACAUUUCGAAGAAUCAAUAACGCCAAAAAAGUCAUUGUCUGCAGAUGAC